AUGCGUGCUUCCCUGACUUUCGGGGCCGCGGUGGCCAGCAGUCUUCUAAAUCCUGAUGAUGGCAAUGAUACCGAAAACUCUGCUGGCCAAGUCGACUCCCCACAGAGCACAGUCACCGUGUUUGACAAUAGUGGCGAAAACUCUAAUGGCUUCCCCAACGGGCAAUCUUGUCAGAUGCAGGGCACAACAACUGUAUUUGUUACUGUCUAUCCUACUGGUCCUGUCUCCAACGGCAAUGAGUCCCCUGCAGCCAUCACCGGCACUGACGGAACUCCUGAUCACACUGGUUAUCGGACCAUUCAAGUUUCUCCAUUGGACUCUUCCAAUGGAAACCGACCAACUGUCCAGGUCUUCACUACCCUGACCAUUUCAGAUCUCUGGAGUGGUGGCUCUGAUUCUGGAAACAAUCCCACUUCUGUUGCUUCAGACUUUGGCCAUGUCACCAGUGGAUCUCUUCCUUCUGAUGGUUCAUCUCCAAGCUCUGUUACAUAUGGCAAUCCUGCUUCAGCUUCGGACAAAGGUCCCGUUGAAACCGAUGAUUCUGGAGACAAUGGCAGUGCUACUCCAGGCACUGUCACUGUCCAGAAUGUUCCACCUAACUCGCCGUACUCGACAGGUAACACUGGCCAAGUGACUGCCAAUCCCAAUGGUGGUGAUGGUGACAACAGAGGCACUGUGGUGCAUCCCUCAAACCUGUACACAAUUGUCACCGAUACUGAUGUUGAGUGGGUUACCGGCUCUGAUGGAGGCCCAAGUCCCGUUACUGUCAUUUCUGAGCACACCAUCACUCUUGGCACCGCUGCAACCGAAGCCAUUUCCGGAUCAGGACCUGCGGUGACUUGCUGGACUGUUACUGGCACUGAUGGUAAAGAAACUGUGAUUGAAUCAACUUUGAACACAAAUCAGGUCAAUGGCGGUGCACCAACAGUCACCUUUGCUUCUGUUACUGGACCUGAUGGCAAUAUUUCUCCCCAGGCUGUUUCUACCGCUGUCGGCCAGCAAACUCCUGUCACAACCAUCACGGCCGGCGGCGCUAUUCCUGAUUACACAGGGCCAGGAACUGCUAGAACUACAGCCAUUACUGUCCUUGGAACCGACGGGACCGCAACUGUUCGUUAUUCCACCUGGGUCAUCGAAACUGGCCUUGUCACUGUCGCGUCUGCUGCUACAUUGCCAACUGGAGUCUCUGUUUCCCCUGGAGCUACUCAAGCGCCAUCAAAUGAUCAGGGCAUCACCAGUUGCACUAGCUAUACUGUCAUUGGACCUGACGGCCGACCAACUGUGAUUGAAUCUACCUUGGUGGUUCCUGCAUCCGUUGUUUUGGCUACCGAAUUGCCCCAAAAUCUCCCAAACGGUAUCUCCGUACAAGCCACAGCUGUUCCUGGAUCCCUGAUACCUGGUGCAGGGGCGAUCACCACUCAUUCAUCCUACACAGUUAUUGGGACAGAUGGUAAACUCACAGUUGUCGAAACUAGCUUUCUCAUUCCUGGACCUUCCGCCACACCUGUUGCGACGAUAGCCCCAUCCGGAGUCAUCACUGGCGUUCCAGGACAAGUCACUGCCGCUCCAGGCCAGGUUGGCUCUGUCGAGAUGGCAUCUCAAGGGCUGACUACUUGCCUGACGUACACAGUUCUUGGCACAGAUGGCCUUCCUACUGUCCUUGAAUCUACAGUUGUGAUGCCCAACAGUAAUGUGUUGCCGACUGGUACCAUCAUUGGUCUUCCAUCACUCGUUCCCGAGGGCCAAACCAAUGGGCUUCCUCAAGGUGUUUCUAUCCCCGCUCAAACUGGUUCAGGCUACACGACCUGCAUUACUGUUGAUGUCCUUGGCCCGAAUGGUGUUGCAACCCCCGUCGUGGAAACAAUUGUCUUGACAACACAGGAAUCGGGACUGCAAGGUGCCACUGUCCUCGCCACCUCACUUAGGUUUCCUUCUGUUGUCCCUCCGGGUUUCAGUGAUCUCCAUCAAGGGGUCAACCCAUCAGAGACUGUUUCUGUAAGCCCAAUUACCACUGCUGUUACCGUCACCGUUGUCGGGCCGAAUGGAGUCCCUUCACCUGUUGUUCAGACGAUUGUUAUCACUCCCCAGCCACAGGCGUUGACCUCUGGAGUCACAAACGCUGUGACUAUCCCAGAGGCUGCUUCGGCCGUUUCGCCUGCCUUGGAAGAAUACGGAACAGGAUCCCCGGCCACUCCUACUGUACUCUCCCCACCAGUAGUCAGCUCUGAACUUGGCGGUUUGCCUGUUGGAACAGACGUUGGCGCAAAACCGUCCAUUUUCACCAUUGUUACUGGCCCAGGUGGUAUCCCUGUCCUGUCGGUAGUCACUGCCGUACCCCUGUCUGUCUACAAUAGUCCUGGAAAUGCCGACAACAAGGGAUUGCCUGUUUCUGGUCCUGCACCACAGGGCACGCCCGGCGGAUAUGGCUGGCAGCCGGCCGGUGCUUCUCCUGCUGGAUAUGGUGCCUUAUCAUCUUUGUUCAAUCCCCAGGCCAGCCCGAUUGCAACCUCUGUCCAAACAAGCACCUGGGUCAAUGUCAUUCCCGAGCCAACCACAACAUAUACCAUGAAGUUUGCCUUGACUACUCUCACUACUGUUACUGUUCCUUCCAAGGUUUCUGUUGUGAAGCGCGCUGUUCAGCCAUUGAAGAAGUUUGUCUCCCCCGGCGCUGGCUGGGCCAAUUCGACCUCUGCGAGUCUUCCGCCUUUGACUGAGAGUGCAACAUUGGUUCCUCCUCCUAUGGAUCCUACCCCAGCACCAUCAACCCCCAGUGUUGCUGCUCUCCCUCCUGCUAAUGUAAUGUGCCCAGCUGGCGGCAAGGUCGGCAAUACUACAGUAAAUUUUGAUACAUUGAAGCCGGGUCCUCUUUUCAACCCAGCUGGAGACUUCUGGUUCUCAGAGGGAUUCCUCGUUGCGCCAUUGUCACCUCAAUCUGUUCAGGGGUACAUGGCCUCAUCCGGCGGCCAACUCGUGGAAUUUGUCCCGCCUGCUCUGACUAGUCCUGCAUCAACGGGGAGCAGUGAUACGGCUGAGAUUGGUGUUGGGCCCAACUCUCCCAAUCCCUGCUUCCGUUUCAACCUGUAUAGCGCAAAUCUGGGAUGUGCCGCUUUGGGUACCGAGCAGUGGUGUGAGUUCGAAGUCUCUGCUUACACUUACAACCAGGCCACCUCAAAUGAGAUGUCCAUUGCAUGGUCAGAGGUAAAGCGCGUGCCAGCCUGUCCAAGCUUCCCUAAUGCCCCUUGCCCUCUCACCCCAGUCACAUUUGAUGGAUUCCAGAACAUCACAUCUGUACUUGUCCGCCUUCAUGUUGGGCUUGAACUUCGCACCUGGUGGGCUGAUGAUCUGCAAUUUGGCUGGACUGAUAACAGCUGCGAAGCUGCCCAGUGUCGCCAAGCAGUUACACCUCAGCCAGUCAAGCGCGAGGUUGUCGAAUCUGCCCUUCGACGCGGUGUUUGGCGUUGGACUCCAACAGGUCACGAACGAAUGGGAGAGGAGUAUGUUUGGGACGCUUUGAACUAA